AUGUCGCAACGGCAACAGCAACGAAGCGCACCAGCGCCCUCACAAACACAAACCGAAACCCCGGCGCAAACACCAGAAACAAGAGAACAAGCGCCUCAGAUCCUGAGACUUCGAGGCGCUCAUGCGUCCAAUGGGCGAUCCGUACAGUGGGCAGAGGACGUAGUUGAUAAUGAAGGUCUUGGACGUAAGAGCUCAAAAGUGUGUUGUAUCUACCAUAAGCCGAAAGCCGUCGACGAGUCCAGCGAUGAGUCUUCGUCCGACUCAGACUCAGAUUCAGACUCGGGCUCUGACCGCGAUGGAGCACAACCAGCGGGCGGGAAGCGCCAAAGCUGUGGGCAUGAACACGGGCACAGUCAUGGACGUGGGCGGAGAAAUGGAAAGGGAAAGGAGAAGAGGGCGCCGAGUCCGAAUGCGUACGAGAAGGUCCCCAAGCCAAAGCCCAAGGAUGGACCGUCGGAAAACAAGUCAUAG